UCCUCGUCCUAUCUAAAAACAGGAAGAAAGAAAAGGAGAUGAACGUGUUCGUGUUUGGAGUGACUGUGUUUAUGAUUGAUAUACAGACCAACAUCUGCUUAUAGAUCUUUAUCUGAUACAGACAUGUCGAGUCAGCUGUGCCUGAAGUGAAGCGUAAUAUAUAACACUAACUGUGUAUACUUUGCAGUUCUUAUUUUUGCACGCUGGUUUGCUGCAGCAUCUCUUUUCUACUGUGAAAUAUGGCAACUGACUGCGAGGCCUGGCUCAACGCAAACCCUGUUGAGGCAGAGGACCUGAGCGACUCUUUUGUAUCUGGAGAUGAAGACAACAGAGGAUCGGUUACGACUAACAAGAACUUAAAAAACGAGAUCAACGGCAACUGGCUGUCCUCUUCCAGCAACAGCAUCCACGAAGCCCGGCUCAAGGCAAAGGCCAAGCGGAGGCUGAGGAAGAACUCGUCCCGGGACUCCGGCAGAGGGGAUUCUCUCAGCGAUAACGGGGAUGCUGUGAGGGGAUCCUUGGUGGCUCCCACCAGCCCAAAAAGCAAGCUGCUGGACAGAAAGUCCAGACUGGGCAAGGGACGAGGUCUUCCUAAGAAAGGCGGGGCCGGAGGGAAAGGUGUAUGGGGGCGAUCUGGUGAAGUUUAUGGACCUGAGGCAGUAGACCAGAAAGAUCCCAACUAUGAUGAAGCUCAGGAGAACUGUGUGUAUGAGACGGUUGUUCCGCCUCUGGAGGAGAAGGACUUUGAGAAGACUGUUACCCCCAUAGUGCAAGAGUACUUUGAACACGGGGACACAAAUGAAGUAGCGGAGCUGCUGGCAGAGCUGAACCUGGGCACCAUGCGGAGCGAGGUGCCCUCGUUGGCCGUGGCGUUGGCCCUGGAGGCCAAAGCCAGCCACCGAGAGCUCACCUCCAGGCUGCUGGCAGACCUGUGCGGGCCGGUUCUGUCGCGUGGUGACAUGGAAAACUCCUUCGACAAGCUGCUCCGAGAGCUGCCGGACCUGGUCCUGGACACACCCGGGGCUCCGCAGUUGGUCGGCCAAUUCAUUGCUCGUGCUGUUAGAGACCAGAUAUUGUCCAAGAGCUACAUCGAGGCCUACAAAGGCAGAGUGGACUGUGAAUUUACAAGGGCGGCUCUAGACCGGGCGACGGUGCUGCUGAAGAUGAGCAUGGGUGGCCUACGCAUCGAGAGCCAGUGGGGGGCAGGCGGGGGCCAGAGACCCGUCACACAGCUCGUCAAAGAGAUGAACCUGCUGCUGAAGGAGUACAUCCUCUCCGGAGACAGCAAGGAGGCCGAGAGAUGUCUGAGAGAUCUAGAGGUUCCUCAUUUCCACCACGAGUUUGUCUAUGAGGCGAUCGUGAUGGUGUUGGAGUCCAAGGGAGAGAAAACCUUCAAAAUGGUUCUGCAGCUACUCAAGUCCCUCUCGACCUCCUCUGUCAUCACUGUGGACCAAAUGAGGAGGGGCUAUGGAAGAGUUUAUAUGGACAUUGCUGAAAUCAACAUCGAUGUCCCGCGUGCUUACUUCAUCCUGGAGCAGUUUGUGGAUAAGAGCUUCAACAUUGGAAUCAUAGAUGACAAGUUAAGAGAUCUGUGUCCCUGUCGGGGACGGAAGAGAUUCGUCAGCGAGGGAGACGGUGGAGUCGUCAAACUCGAAAGCUACUGAGGGAACCUUUUUACGUGCCAGAUUUCCUUCAAACACAAGGAUAAAGCUAAUUUUUUACUUGCAUAUUUUUCAAAAAUCGUUGGGUACAAAUAUAAUUUCCCUUCACACAGUCCAAAAGAAUGUACAUUUCUGAUAUUGAGGUGGGGCAAAAAAAACAAAAAACAAAGCUGCACUUUGAUUGAAACUGAAGUAGAUCACAUUCUCCAAAGUGUUUCAAUAUAAACAUUUACAUAAGCUAACCCUUAAAGUGCCACACCUCUCUGUGUCAGUCAUUCCAUGUUGUUUUGUACAGUAUUUUUCUUGAUUUCACUGCCACUCCUUUUGUGUUUUCUAGAAAGCAGUGUUUGUACAGAGAUGACUGGUUUGUGUCAAUAGCUUUAUAAAAAGGUCUUAAAAAAAUCAAUAAAUAAAGGAAGUCUUUGCUGAACGGCUUCCUCACUAGCUGCUG